AUGUGCCGCUUCCUGGUCUACCGUGGUAGUGACGAGAUCCUGCUCUCGAAACUGAUUCUCGACCCGACACAUUCCAUAUUGAAGCAAUCCUUCGACUCGCGAUUGCGCCUGGAUACGAGACGGGGCCAAAACAACGCAGAUGGCUUUGGCAUCGGCUUCUACACUGACCCGAAGCUGGGCGCCGCGCCCUGCCUCUUUACGUCUACCAUCCCAGCUUGGAAUUGCACGAAUCUCCAGCGCAUAGCGUCCAAGACAGCUUCUCGACUUGUCUUCGCCCACGUUCGAGCCACGACCGAAGGAUCCCUGAGCGAAGACAACUGCCACCCCUUCUACCAUGGCAGCUUGAUGUGGAUGCACAAUGGCGGUCUGGGAGGCUGGAAGUACAUCAAGAGGAAGCUCGGCGAGCGAUUGCAUGACAAAUGGUACCUCAACGUACACGGAGGCACCGACAGCGAGUGGGCCUUUGCCCUAUUCCUCGACCGCUUAGAACGCCUAGGCGUCGACCCGUCCUCGCAGCCCAAGAAGGGGUUCAACCCAAGUAUGCUGCGGCGGGCACUGCUUCAGACCAUCGAUAUCAUCAAUGAGCUUACCGCGAGCAUACCCGAGAGCACUGUCCAGAGCGAGAAUGUCGAUACGCGGAGUCUCCUCAACUUUGCCGUCACCGACGGGCACAGCAUCAUCUGUACAAGAUAUGUCAGCAGCAACACGGACGAGGCGGCAAGUUUGUACUUUUCUUCUGGCACCCAGUGGGAGACUAAGCAACCGUCUUCUGCGAACGACCGAGAUUACCAGAUGGAACGGCGAGAUAAGGGUGCCGACAUCGUGCUGGUCGCCAGCGAACCGCUGACAUUCGAACGAGAGAACUGGGUCAAUGUUCCCACGAACUCCAUCCUGACCAUACAUGGCCAAACUGUCAUGGUGAACCCCAUCAUCGAUGGCUACUCAAACCGUGACCCCUACCACAAGCGGUCUUCUGCUUUUGCGCAGACGAAGGGCUUGACUACCAACGAGAAAGCCGCACCUGGUGUUUCCAGCCCCUUACCAACCCCUGGCAUCGACCUAAAUGGUCACAAGCAUAUCUUUGCUCCUCUGAUACCACCAGGCAUCGGCCGGAGUCGAACACCGGAGGUUGCUUCGGCACAGGGACAGUUGCGAGGCAAGACGCCCCUAUCAUUCUCAGAAACCACGUCAUCUUCAUCCGACCUUCGCUCUGUCACAAAUCUACCAACACCACGCCCGGAGAUUGGCGCUAAGCUUCCUUCUCAGGGCAAUAUUAAGAAGAAACGACGGUCGCUUACUACCGGGGAGCAGCCACAUCCUGCCGAGUAUGUAGAUGCGGAAGAACAGACACCGUCGAGCCCUAUACAAGCGACACCGUCGAGGGCAUCUGAGUAUAUAACAUCAGGGAAGGCAGCCCGGGUCCUGGGUAUGUCUCUGUAG